ACGCCACGGUAGCAGAUAACAAGUUGCUCCUUGGAUAAGGCUUUUGUUUCUUCUUUGGUGGAACUGAGAAACUUUGCAUUUUCUGAAAACCUUGUAACAAUGGCUUCCUCCGUUACCUCUUCUUUCCAUAUCAGUAAUUUGAAGUCUGUCUUCUGGGGUGAGACUAAUAGGCUCAGAGUUUCUAGUAUUCCUGCUUCCAAUGUUGGUUUUGUUAGAAAGACUACAGAAUCUAAGGAAUCAAGAAUUGGAAAGCAACCAAUUGUUGUGCCAUCCAAUGUUACAAUCAAAUUGGAAGGACAGGAUAUACAAGUGAAAGGUCCUCUUGGAGAACUUGGAUUAAAAUAUCCUCGAGAAGUGAUAGUUGAGAGGCAAGAGUCAGGGACUCUAAGGGUUAGAAAAGCAGUUGAAACCAGAAGGGCCAAUCAAAUGCAUGGGCUUUUUAGGACGCUUACAGACAACCUGGUGGUUGGAGUAUCUAAAGGUUUUGAAAAGAAACUUCAACUUGUUGGUGUGGGGUAUCGUGCCAUGGUAGAAGGAAACGAAAUAGUGUUGAAUCUUGGAUUUUCUCAUCCUGUUAAGAUGACAAUUCCUGAUGGCCUCAAAGUGAAGGUGGAAGAAAACACAAGAAUCACAGUUAGUGGUUAUGACAAGUCUGAGAUUGGCCAAUUUGCUGCUUCUAUUAGGAAUUGGAGACCUCCAGAACCAUACAAAGGUAAGGGUGUCAAAUAUGCUGAUGAAGUUGUAAGGAGAAAGGAAGGAAAAGCAGGGAAAAAGAAGUAAUGGGGGGGUUUCAAUUUUCCCUUUUCAUUUAUCUCCUGUUGUUUUUCCUCAUUUGUUAGUAAUGGAAAUAUUAAAUAUACCGAGUAAAAGAAAUUCUUUUCAUUGAGAUAAGCUAGAAUCACUUAUGCUUGUGAUAUUUAAAAGCAUAGCAAUCAAUAGCUGUCAUUAUAGUGUGAGCAUGAUAAUAACUUGUUGAUGGAUAAUCUAUCGUGUGUGCGCUUUUAAGCCUAUUCCUUUUGGUUAUCUUGAUAUAAGUUUCAACAAGAAGCAUGCGCUGAGGUUGGCUCAUCAUUUCAGAAAUUUAGGGUGCGUUUGUCCACCUGUAUAAUAACUAUCUCUAUUGAUAAACAAAAAGUUGAAGUGCCUUAAAAAGUAGCUUCACUUGGCUGGCUGCUUUUCAGGCCUUUUAUUUCUUCCUAGCUAGUUUUUGGUAGGGUACCUUUUUGUUUUUGUUUUUUUGGGUCCAAGGGUCUUUUUGCUUGAAAAUGCAUCAUUUAGUUUCACGUUUAAAUGUAUAUGAAUUUUCGUUUGUUUUAGCAUUUUCAAUUGUAACUCUUACAUUGAAUUUACGUUUGCAUAUUUUUUAACCGGUUUUUAAAUAUAAAUAGAAUGGGUUAACUACGAUUUGUUGAUUAG